AUGUUAGUGUAUGCUAUUCAUAAACGGCUUCCCCUUGCCUUUCAAAAAACUGGAAAGCAAGUAAUUAAAUUUCUAUGUAUGGAAGGUCAAUAUUUAGGACUUUUUAAGCAGCAUUUAACUCGGGUGUUUGUUAACAGAAAAGCAUACAGGUGUGUUUUUUCAGGACCUAACGCAUAUCAAAAUAUUAGUUCAAUAUUAGAUGAUCAAUGUUGGGGUAUACGACACUAUAAAUGUAACCAGUCUUCUUCCGCUAUAACCUUGGAAAAAGAUAAAGUAAUACAGUCAGAAUUUAUAGUAGACUGGGUUCAAGAAAUAAUUAAAGAUUUUA